AUGGAGACCGAUGUGAUAACAGUUGAAGGAAGAAAAUAUGCCAGAGGUGCAGGCAAAGGACAGAGCAUUGCUAUUUUAACUAGUGGUGGAGAUGCACAAGGGAUGAAUGCCACAGUUAGAGCUUGUUUAAGAAUGGCAAUCUUUCUUGAAUAUAAAGUUUUUCUAAUAAAAGAGGGUUUUCAGGGCUUGAUAACUGGUGGCGAUUAUAUUUUUCUUGCCGACUGGAAAUCAGUUUCAGGCAUUUUGCAUUUAGGAGGUACUUCUUUGGGCAGUUCUCGUAGUCCAGAAUUUAUGGAAAGGUCAGGUCGGCUGAAAGCUGCUUACAAUUUAGUGAUGUUAGGUAUAUCUAACUUGAUAGCUAUUGGAGGCGAUGGAACCAUGACUGGCAUCAACACUUUGAAACAAGAAUGGCAUUUAUUGAUUUCAGAACUUGUAGAAACAAGUCAAAUAAUUCAACAAAAAGCUAUUAACGUAAGUUUGUUGAAUGUUGUCGGCCUGGUAGCUUCAAUAGAUAAUGAUUUCGCAAGUACUGACAUGACCAUAGGAACUGAUUCAGCUCUAUCAAGAAUUGUAUCUGCCCUUGAUAACAUUCAGACAACUGCUACUAGCCAUCAAAGGUGCUUCAUUCUAGAAGUAAUGGGAAGGCAUUGUGGAUUUUUAGGUGUUGCAGCUGCUUUGGCUUCUGAAGCUGAUUGGCUGUUUAUUCCAGAAUAUCCCCCGGAGAAAGGGUGGGAAGAAAAAAUGUGUGAAAGAUUGAUCAAGAUGAGAGAUUCAGGGCAAAGGAUGAAUUUAAUCAUCGUAUCCGAAGGUGCAACUGAUAAAAAUGGAAGGCCAAUCACCCCUAAUCAAAUAAAAGAUGCUAUUGAAAAUGUGAAGCUUGAUACAAGAAUAACAAUCCUGGGACAUAUACAGCGAGGUGGACAUCCAUCUGCAUAUGACAGAAUAUUGGCGAGUCGUAUGGGAGCUGAGGCUGUGUUAUGCUUGGUGGAUUAUAACAAGGACUCCUUACCUCAAGUAAUUGCGGUUGAAGGCAACUCAAUCACAAGAAUUUCUCUGAUUGAUUCUAUCGCUAAAUUGAGAUCGUUGAAAACAAUGAUGGAAGAGAGGGACUAUGAUCGAGUGGCAGUUGCUAGAGGACAAUAUUUUGUUAGCAAUUUCAAUUCAUACAUGUUGAUGGCUGAAGUGAAUCCUCCUGCAAAAGUUGAACAUUUUGAAAAAUCUAAGCACUAUGUUUUCGGAAUGAUGUGUUUGGGUCCGCCUACCUGUGGCAUGAAUGCAGCCCUAAGAACUUUUGUGAGGUUCGUUAUGAACGCUGGUUACAGUGUCUUUGCCAUCCAUCAUGGGUUUGAAGGUCUCAUGCAAAACCAUGCUGAAGUGAUGAAAUGGGAAGAUGUAAACGGAUGGACCAGUGAUGCUGGAACUAACAUUGGAACCAGCAGGUUGCUUUGUCAGGGUCACAUAUUGGACAAGAUAGCCAGUCAAAUGAGGAAGUAUAAGUUGGCCGCACUUCUCAUGGUUGGAGGAUUUGAGGCUUUUUAUAGUGCUCUUGUGAUGGCUGAGAUGAGGCAUAGAUAUCUGGAGUUUUGUAUUCCUAUCUGUGUUAUACCAGCUACUAGCGCCAACAACUUGCCUGGGACCGACAUUUCUGUUGGCAGUGACACAGCUCUCAAUGAGAUCACUGAUAUUUGUGAUAGAAUUCGCAUGUCAGCGACAGGAAGUAAGAACAAAGUGUUUCUAUGUGAGACGAUGGGAGACAAGUGUGGCUACCUAACAACGAUGAGUUCACUAUCUACAGGUGCCGAUGCUUCGUACAUCUUUGAAGAAGCUCAUGGCAUCAGAGAAAUAAUGACUGAUUUGGUGCAUACAGCUAUAAAAAUACGUAAUGGGAUACACAGAGGUCUCAUACUAAGAUCAAAUGAGGCCCAUGAACAUUAUCGUUUGGAUUUCCUCAAGAGUUUGUACAGUCACGAGGGCAGAUCAACAUUCACCACCAAAACUGUUUCCCUUGGAGAAGUCAAUGAAGGUGGCAGACCGUCGGCGUUUGAUCGUUUAUACAGUACAAAACUCGCCUCUCUGGCUUCUGAACAGCUCAUCAAUCAACUUAACGAAUGUGUCAGCCCUACAGGUGUUGUGAAUACUUUAAGCCCAGAAACCUGUUCCCUGGUCGGUUUCCUUAAACGGUCAAUUACAUUUACGUCGAUACAGGAUCUCAAAAAGCAAUUAAAUUUUCAGCAUCGUAUAUCUCGUGAUAAUUGGUGGAUUCGAUUGAGACCUUUGGCGCGAAUCUUAUCAUCUCACGAUUCUGUUUACUGGUUUGACAUGUCAGAAAAAGCUAAAGAAGAAGAGAGAGCAAAAGUCACUAUUUGA